CUAGAUAGCGAAAUAAUGAGGCGAUAGAGCAUAAUAGGACAGUGGUACCAGUCUGCUUCUUUAGAGGAUCCGGAUUCGAGUUCGUGUCAGUUCAGAACUUUUCAGAAUGAGCGUUUUCGAUUUUUUGAUCCUCCUCCCUCAACACUUAGCACCUUUCAUUGUCGAUCCGAAGACAAUCAAGAUGGCCUCAGUCACCAGCGAGUCAACUAUUCACAUUAUUGAACCAUAUGAAUUUGAGAAGAUUAUUGAUGUAGAAACGUGGCUAAAGUUAUUAAGAAAUAAUUUACAUCUGCCAGUUUAUUGUUCAGUUCUGUAUAUCUUUUUAAUAUUUAGUUUCCAACAAAUGAUGAAGAAUCGCACAGCUUUCUCUUUAAGAGUUCCGUUGAUCGUGUGGAAUUUAACAAUGGCACUCAAUAGCAUCAUUGGAAGUAUAAGAAUGUUUCCUGGAUUCGUACACAUCAUCAGAGAUUUUGGACUAACAUUUUCUGUUUGUGAUAGUAAAUAUUUUCAAACAAUUCAACCCACUGUAUUCUGGUCGUUGAUAUUUAUAAUUAGCAGAUUCGUAGAGUUGGGCGAUACCUUUUUUAUAGUAUUUAGGAAAAGAAAAUUGAUAUUUUUGCAUUGGUAUCAUCAUAUGAUGACAUUAAUGUCGUGUUGGUAUUUUGUUAGCAAGCCCCUAGCUGUAGCACAUUGGUUCGGUGUAAUGAAUAAUCUUGUUCAUUCUUUGAUGUACUCUUAUUUCGCAGUUUCGGCAUUGAAAUUCAGGCCUCCUCGUUUCGUCGCUAUGAUCAUAACAUGCUUACAAUUAUUACAAAUGUUUAUAGGAAGUUUUGUAUGUUGUUGGGCUCUUUGGAAAAAAUGGAGUGGAUAUUCAUGCGAAUUUCCUAAUGAUGCCACUUUUAUAGCAUUGCUUGUUUAUUUGAUUUAUGUAAUAUUGUUUACACGAUUGUUUUAUUAUUCUUAUUUUUUCAAAGCUGAAAAAAGCUUAAAGAAAUAUUAACAUGUUACACGAUUUUCGUAUUUUUAUAGAAACUUACAGGAUUGCCCAAAAGUCAAUUAACCAUUCUUAAAACUAGCAUUUAAGUUAAUUUAGUUUAAAUUCACUUUAACAUCUAACAUGUAAGCUAAUUAGUUUAAAACUAAAUUGCAGUUAAUUAAUUAAAAUGUACGUACAGUUAAUUUGUUUAUAUUUUUACUUUCCCGGCUAUUACAUAUAACAGAGGCAGCGGUUGGCAGAGGUAUGGCGGUUGGUCAUAAAUGACCCCUCGAAGAUUUUUACAUUUUGGACUUAGGGGUCCUUAAACAUUGAAAAAUACAACAAAAAAAAGUCGAGGAGUUUUUCUAUAAUUUUGUUCAUCCAUUUUAAAGCUUAAUAACUCCUGUACUUUUUUCGAAAAUUUUCUGAAAUUUUACAGGAAGGUUUGUGUAUUAGGGGGAGAUUGAUGCUAUUAAAUUUUGGUGGUUAAUGGUCGAAGGGGUAGGAAUAUACAGGGGUUGUGUGUCAUAUCUCGAGUAGGGUCAGUCUUGA